UGUAAAAACAAAGAAAAAUCGAAAAGAGAAAAUCCUGCUGCCGGAAACUUCAUAUAACAAUUAUCGCAAACCCAACAAAUUCCCACCGCGCUAAGCUCGCUCCGGCACACGGAGUCUAAACGGAAGCGAUUUGCAGUGAUGAACCAAACUAUGCAUAUUCGAGUUCAACCUCCCUCUCCUUCUCUGCUAUUGCCACGGGCUAGCUUCUGUGCUCAAAGGAUAUGUCCUUGUUACAGAGUUCAAAUGGAAUCGACUUGUAAUUCUAAUCAGUUAAAAACAUCUCCAGUGACAAGAUUAUCAUCAGGAUGGUCCAAGACACAUUCCAUAUGUCCUGAGCUGCAACCCCGUAAAUGUUCAUCACAGAUGGGAGCAUUAGUUACUUCAAGAGCUGAAGAAGUACCUACUCUGCCAGUUAUUGGUGAUGAGAGAAUAGGUGUAUUGCUACUCAAUCUUGGAGGGCCAGAGACUCUUGAAGAUGUGCAACCAUUUCUCUUUAACCUCUUCGCUGAUCCAGACAUUAUCCGGCUGCCAAGAUUGUUUCGCUUUCUUCAGAAGCCUUUAGCACAGUUCAUAUCUGUUGUCAGAGCACCGAAGAGUAAAGAAGGCUACGCUUCAAUUGGUGGUGGAUCUCCUCUUCGACAGAUAACGGAUGCUCAGGCUGAAGAACUAAGAAAAGCACUUUGGGCUAAAAAUGUCCCUGCAAAAGUGUAUGUUGGUAUGCGGUAUUGGCAUCCAUUUACCGAAGAAGCUAUUUUGCAGAUUAAAAGAGACAAAAUAACGAAGCUCGUUGUGCUUCCUCUCUAUCCUCAAUUUUCAAUAUCAACAAGUGGUUCAAGUCUUCGACUAUUAGAGAGUUUAUUCAGGGAGGAUGAAUAUCUGAUGAAUAUGCAACACACUGUGAUUCCUUCCUGGUACCAGCGUGGAGGAUAUAUAAAAGCCAUGGCAGAUUUGAUUGAAAAAGAGUUACAAAAAUUUGACUGCCCUGAGGAGGUCAUGAUUUUCUUCAGUGCUCAUGGUGUACCACUUGCAUAUGUUGAGGAAGCUGGUGAUCCAUACAAGGCUGAGAUGGAGGAAUGCAUUGACCUAAUUAUGGAAGAACUUGAGAAUAGACGGAUAACUAAUGCAUAUACACUUGCCUAUCAGAGUAGGGUUGGUCCUGUUGAGUGGUUAAAACCCUAUACAGACGAGACUAUCAUUGAGCUCGGUCAGAAAGGUUUUAAGAGUCUUUUAGCUGUUCCCAUAAGUUUUGUCAGUGAACAUAUUGAAACUUUGGAGGAAAUUGAUGUAGAGUAUAAGGAGUUGGCUCUAAAAUCUGGCAUACAGAAAUGGGGACGUGUUCCUGCACUUGGUUGUGAACCAACAUUCAUUGCAGAUUUAGCAGAUGCUGUGAUUGAAAGCCUUCCUUAUGUUGGAGCAAUGGCAGUCUCAAAUCUUGAAGCUCGACAGUCUUUAGUUCCAUUAGGCAGUGUUGAAGAACUAUUGGCAGCAUAUGAUUCACAGCGAAGGGAGCUGCCACCACCUGUGAUAGUUUGGGAAUGGGGUUGGACAAAAAGUGCUGAAACAUGGAACGGAAGAGCAGCUAUGUUGGCAGUACUUGUUCUAUUGGUACUUGAAGUGACCACCGGGGAAGGAUUUUUGCAUCAAUGGGGUAUAUUACCCUUGUUUCGAUGAGAAAAUAUAUCCUCUUGCCAGUGAGUCAUUCAGUCUCCUUUUCUCUCAGAAAUACCAUACCAUGAAUUCUGGAUUUGCCCAAGGAAUGAACCUGAAGCAACAGAAAAAAGAAAUAGAGUUGCUUUUUGCCAAUCCUCUUACUUUUGGUUGAUCUUCCACAGAAGUAAUAGUGAUCAAUCCUUGGCUUUUUAACCAAGCUGGAUCUUCACGCCUUUGUGGGAUUUUGGAUGUUCUGAUUUUCAUUUAAUCUAUUUUAGUAUAUUUUUUUAUUUUGUUUCUUGUUAAUUUUCUUUUGGAUUGGUUACCCUGAGGCAGGGAGGGGGUGGGGCUAUGGAGAAGGUUUUGGGCAACCAAAGAUACGGGAAAGCUCAUCAUCCAAAGGACUACUUUGCUUGUGAUGUUUAGAAUGUGAUUUGGUGAUGGUGACUUCACAAAGUGCUUGAUGCACAAUAUAUGCUUUUCCCUCUAAAAGUUCUCCCAUUCCUAGGUUCUUAGGGGUUAAUUUGUAGAAAGUCAACUAAUACUUUUCAGUUCCUUUGUAUAUUGUUGUAACAGAUCUUAAGGUAUUGCAUGGAUUCUUACAUGAAGCUGCUGUAAAUGGAAAAGAGAACAGCAGCAUGCCCUUUAAUACACAUCUUUUGAUCUCUAGAUCUGAUGUUUGUUGUUUUAUACCAUCAUAGGUGGUUUGGUGGUUUUGCUGUACCUACACUCAGUCGCCAAUGUACAAUAUUAUAUUGGAUUGAUUAAUUCUGUCA